AAAAUGGCGACUUCCCUGCUCCGAUUAGGACGACUCGGGUCGCUCAAGUGUCUCCAGCGCGAAAGCUGGGGCAUUGUGAGGAGGCCUUUGGCGGCGGCACUCUGCACUAAAGCUGAAGAGCCUAAGAAGGCCAAGAAGACGAAAACUCAAAGUAAAACUGCAGAGGCCUCUGAGGAGAGGGCUGCUCUGCUAGCCUACAAGACCGCUGUUGCCUUCCCUGCUAAGCUUACAACCCCGGGAUUUCUUUCUGAUGGAGUAGCUCUAGGUGAAUCUGAAUUAGGUGCAAGUCCCAUCACUGCAGAGACUGUAGCUGCCGCAGCUGCGACGGCAGCAGAACCUGUCACUCCUGCGACCUCUGUCGAGGCAGAAGAUUCUACCAUUCCAGAGAAAGGAGCAGCAGAGCCAAUUGCUGCUGCUGCCGGUGAAACCAGGACUGAUGCUCCUGCCGUCGAGACAGUGGCUCCUGAAGUCACUGUUGCAGAAGAACCUCCUGUUGUUGAGACAGCUGGUGCCGGGACCACGGUCGCAGAGCCUGUUUCUCCAGCAGACGAGGCUGCCCCUUCACCUGAGGCUGUUGUGACAGGAGCCACGUCUGCUGAAACGGUGACUUCAGAAGUUGAAGCAAUGCAAGAGGCUGUUUCUGAACCUGCUGUAGUUGUAGACACCACAGCAUCCAUUGCUGACACAGCUCCAGUUCUCGAGGAUGUUGCCACUGAAGUUGUAGACUCAGCUGUGCCUGUUGAGAAACCUGUAGAUGCAGUAAGUGCUGAAGCCCCAGAUGCAGGAGUUGACGCAGUUUCCCCUGAGCCUGCUGUUGCCAAGGAAACCACAGCCGGAGUAGAGGCCGCUGCUGAUCAAGCAGCCUCCUCAUCUUCCAGCGACUCAGAUUCUGACUCUGACUCUGACUCGGAUUCUGAUGACGAGAAAUCGGAAGUGAAGACGAAAGCUGAAGAGGAGGUCCAACCAAAAGAAGAAAAGGAGGCUGUUGCUCUGGUAGAAGCUGUAGCAAAGGAGCAAUCCCCUCUUGCAGAGAAGGAGGGAGCGACUGAAGCAGUUAGUGAGCAGUCCAUUCCGGAGAGUGUAGAAUCACCAUCUGAAGCAAUUCUUGCAGCAACAGCUGCUGAAGCUGUUCCUAAAAGUACAGGAGAUGAUUUGGUUGAAACAGCUCCAAAAAUUGCUGAAGCUGUUGUAGAUGUAGCACCUGAGGAAGUGCCCGCACCCAGUGCUGAAACAGCUGCACCUGAAGUAGCUAGUGCUGAGGAAGUUGUUGAUCCUGCUCCAGUCUUGUCGACAGCUGCGGCUGAAGUAGUCCCUGAGGUUGCCACAGAAACCACUGAGGCGCUGGUGGACAGUGCGCCAGAAGUGAAAGCAGAAGCUGAAGAGAUCAUUACCGAAUCAGCACCACAGGUUGAAGUCACUCCAGAAGUCGCUGUUGAGACUACCUCAGAAGUCACACAAGAACCUGCUGCAGCUGCAGCUGCGGCAGAAGUUGCUCCAGAAGUCGUUGCUGAAGCUAGUCAAGACGUCGUCGCUGAAGCUGCACCAGAAGCUGUCGCUACAUCUGCUGAAGAGGUUGUGCCUGAGGCUACUGCUGAAGUUGUGACUGAAGCUCUAUCAGAAACUGUAGAAGCUCCAGUUGAAGCUUCCGCCAAAGUUUUGACUGAAGCAGCCCCUGCUGAGGAGCUGGUAGACCCUGCUCCUGUGAUAGCUGAAGCUGCCGAAGCCCCAGCUGAAACCGAAGUUGUGGAGGCGCCUGAGGGUACAAACCACAUCCUUUUAACCGCUAUCUCCUCUGUGGGACCUGCUAACCACAGAUGGACACAUUUUCUUACUUUUUUACAAACACAUUCUUAA